AUGGAGAUGGGGAAUGCUGAGGACUGGAACCAUGAGGAGUUGGUGCAGUUACUGGAGAACCUCAGAAGUUCGUUUCCGGUCGUCACUGUUUCUUCUGAUCCGAACUUCGCAUCUCCCACCAGCACCUACAAGAAAUUUGGCCGCUUCCAAGUCUUCCCAGGAGAUGAUGUCAUCAAAAGUUCAGCUUUCAGCUUUUUAUUCAGGACUUUGAGGUUGGGCAAGAGCCGAGAAUUUUUCCUUGACAUUUUCUCUCUGCAGCAGGCUGCCACAUUCCAUUCAGACUGUUUCAUCAGGAAGGAGCAAGAAGCUUGCUUGGAGAGCAUCCAGAAGUUGACCAGCUUAAUUCCAAUAAAUGAAUCUUCUCCAGGAUGCCCGGGGAUGUGGGACAACAUCACGUGCUGGAAGCCCGCCUUCGUGGGCGAGGUCAUCUUCGUCAAGUGCCCAGCGCUCUUCACUUUGCUCAACUUCGAUGACGGCUGGGAUGUGAACAGCAUGGCCUAUGCUCAGCCAGGAGAGUUGGAACUGUUGGACAGUCAGGACCAAAUUUUAGGCGCAUCUCCCGAUCUAAAAAUGGUGAGCAGGAACUGCACUGAGGAAGGCUGGUCAGAGCCAUUUCCUCAUUACUACGAUGCCUGCGGAUUUGAUGAGAACGACACGAUCCCAGAUUAUAAAGAGGAUUACUACUAUCUCUCGGUAAAGGCCCUGUACACCGUUGGGUACAGCACCUCCCUCGUUUCACUCACCACAGCUAUGGUGAUCCUGUGCCGUUUCCGGAAACUGCACUGCACCCGGAACUUCAUCCACAUGAAUCUCUUCGUAUCCUUCAUUCUACGAGCCAUAUCGGUUUUCAUCAAGGACGGAGUUCUGUAUGCAGAACAAGACAGCAAUCACUGCUUUAUCUCAACGGUGGAAUGCAAGGCAGUGAUGGUCUUUUUCCACUACUGUGUUAUGUCCAACUACUUCUGGCUCUUCAUUGAGGGGCUGUACCUUUUCACCUUAUUGGUAGAGACUUUCUUCCCAGAAAGGAGAUACUUCUUCUGGUAUACCCUCAUUGGCUGGGGAACUCCCACCAUUUGUGUCAGUGUCUGGGCUACCCUUAGAGUGCACUUUGACAAUGUUGGCUGCUGGGACAUGAAUGACAACACGGCCUUGUGGUGGGUGAUCAAAGGCCCCGUGGUUGCAUCAAUAAUGAUCAAUUUUUUGCUUUUUGUUGGCAUCAUCAUUAUCUUGGUUCAAAAGCUCCAGUCACCUGAUAUUGGGGGCAACGAAUCCAGCAUUUACUUCUUCAUGGUGGAAAGAAACGAGAAACAUGGCAUAUCCCAUCGCAGCUGCGUUCAGAAAUGCUACUGUAAAUCCAACAGGGCUAACCAGCACUCUUGCAGGAUGUCAGAACUGUCCACCAUAACCCUGAGGCUGGCCCGGUCGACCUUGCUGCUUAUUCCACUCUUUGGGAUCCAUUACACAGUGUUUGCCUUCUACCCAGAGAACGUCAGCAAGCGAGAGAGGCUGGUGUUUGAACUGGGACUGGGUUCUUUCCAGGGCUUCGUCGUGGCUGUGCUCUAUUGCUUCCUGAAUGGCGAGUUUCUCCCUAAAGGUGCAAUCAGAAAUAAAGAGAAAAUGGAGGAGCUGGAAAGUCAACCGGUACUUUGCUGUGGAUUUGAAGCAUCGUCACCCCUCCCUAGCGAGCAGCGGAGUGAACGGGGGGACCCAAUUGUCUAUUCUGAGCAAGAGCAGCUCACAGAUUCGGAUGUCAAGCAUAAAUGCGGAGAACCUGGCCACAUGAGCAUCUGAAACCCACCCCCUUCCCCAAGCAGUGGGAGGGAGAAAAAGCGA